AUGGGUUUGGUGUUGGGAGUUGUAAAUCUUAAGUCUACUUCUAUUGGGAGGUAUUGGCAGGUAUUGUUGCUUAAUGAUAUCCCCAACUUUAUCAUUCAUGAUCGUCAGUCUGGUUACAUGAAUAAGAUGCUACAGACUAGACAUGAACAAAAAGACUCUGGAGAUUGUGUGGUGGUGAAUGAGCAAGUUCUCUUACCCUACUUGGUUACUGUGAUGUCUCUUUCACUUAAUAAAGUUACAAGCACGUUCACAAUGAGUAGGCCUCACCACGGGGAGGUCUCCGAUUUGGAUCAGCAGGUGUGGAUCCUUCAGGGCCAGAGCCUGGUGACAGUUCCACGAAGUGAUAAAGUGGCAGCAGUUACCAUCAAUAUUAUCCCGUGCAAGUAUCCAGAGGCUCUUGAGAAAGACAAAGGGGUUCCAGUUUAUUUUGGUAUCCAGAAUCCAAAAAUGUGUCUGUUCUGUGAGGACACUGGAGGACAACCCACAUUACAGCUAAAAGAGCAGGAGAUCAUGGACCUGUAUCACCACACUGAGCCUGUGAUUCCCUUCCUGUUUUACCACUCCCAAGUGGGCAGAACCUCCACCUUCGAGUCUGUGGCCUUUCCUGGCUGGUUCAUUGCCUCCUCCAAGAUAGGCCAGCCCAUUAUCCUGACUUCAGAGCAGGGGAGAUUGUACAACACUGCCUUCAACUUAGAACUAAACAAUGCCUGA